AUGAAAACCGACGAAUCCUUCAUCCACCACCACUACAAGGCGCACCAUCAGAGCUUGUACGGCCCAUCGGAGGAGAACGACAUCCCGUCCAAAGAGAAGCACAAAGGGAGACGCUACUGCUUUAUUGCGGCUGUGCUUUACUCCCCAACUAUGCCGAGCAAGGUCAUGGCGCUGCACAUUUUCACCGGUGGCAAGGAGCCCAAGGUCUAUCAUGGGAUGUUCGACCAUGCCUACUACGUCAAGUGGUUUGAGCGCCUGUUGGAUGAAUUGGAUGCAGAUGGCAUCACGAAUGCGUGGAUUGUUCUUGACAACGCCAAGUACCACAAGUCCCUCCCAACAUCGACACCCACAAGCCGACGCCGCAAGGGUGUCCUGGUGGAAGCUUGUGCUGCGUAUGAAAUCGAAGUAACUGAAGACGAAUACAAGAGCCAGCUGUGCGGCGGUGUACAUCAAGGCAAACAUCCAUCCUGUGAUCGUGGACAUGACAAAGCGUCGGGGGCACACUGUCAUCUACACCCCACCCCACCAUUCUAA